AUUCUCGUCCCCUUCCACUGUUUACCCUCCGCUUGCUUUCCUUGAUGGUUCAAUAAGGCAAUAACGCCGUGAGAGGUCCUCUCAUUCCCACCCAGCACUUUGAAGGAAAAAAGACACGAACUAAGUGGAACCAACAGAAAUUGAUUUAUUUAAUAUUACUUACAUUUUCGAUUUGAAUUGUUGUCUUGCAUGCUUUCUAAGAGCAUCAAUCUAGUCGUAUUUUCUCUGAGAUGGAAAUGAGAUGUCGCCCAACAACCGUAAUGUGGUGUGCUUUUGCCGUUCUCUUCUCCAUCGCUCGUUCCGUGGAUGCUUCAUUCGGGGACAGACAGUAUCUCAACGAAUGGGCGGUGGAGAUUCCAGGAGGACCGGACGCCGCCAGGUCCAUCGCCAAAGAACUGGACUACAGACUAGUCCGCCAGAUUGGGGCACUAGAAAACCAUUACUUGUUCAAACACCAGACUCAUCCUAGCAGGACGAAACGAAGUGCCGAUCACAUCACCAAACGCCUGUCUGAGGAUGAUCGGGUAUCGUGGGCGGAGCAACAGUAUGAGAAGCGGCGCAGUAAGCGGGCUUCGCUGGGAUCAUGCCGGGACUGUCCAGUGGACAAGCUGUUCGAUGACCCCAUGUGGAACCAGCAGUGGUACCUGCAAGACACUCGGACGUCAUCCUCCCUGCCCAAGCUGGACCUCCACGUGAUUCCCGUGUGGAAGAAAGGGAUCACAGGGAAAGGAGUGGUCAUCACCGUGCUGGACGACGGUCUGGAGUGGAACCACACCGACAUCUACCCCAACUACGACGCAGCAGCCAGCUACGAUUUCAAUGACAACGACCCUGACCCCUUCCCCAGAUACGACUCCACCAAUGAGAACAAGCAUGGAACCAGGUGUGCCGGUGAGAUCGCCAUGCAGGCAGAUAACAAUAAAUGUGGAGUCGGGGUGGCGUACAACUCCAAGGUUGGAGGGAUCCGCAUGUUGGACGGUAUCGUGACGGACGCCAUCGAGGCCAGUUCUAUUGGCUUCAACCCAGACCAUGUGGACAUCUACAGUGCCAGCUGGGGACCCAAUGACGAUGGCAAGACGGUGGAGGGCCCCGGUCGCCUGGCGUCAAAGGCCUUUGAGUACGGCAUCCAGAAGGGCCGCGGCGGGAAGGGCUCCAUCUUUGUGUGGGCAUCGGGGAACGGGGGCCGCCAGGGGGACAACUGCGACUGUGACGGCUACACGGACAGCAUCUACACGAUCUCCAUCAGCAGUGCCUCCCAGCAGGGCCUGUCUCCCUGGUACGCUGAGAAGUGCUCCUCCACCCUGGCCACCGCUUACAGCAGCGGAGACUACACCGACCAGAGAAUAACCAGUGCUGAUUUGCAUAAUGAAUGCACCGAGACACACACGGGAACCUCCGCCUCCGCCCCAUUGGCUGCUGGGAUAUUUGCCCUGGCACUGGAACAGAACCCUGAGCUGACGUGGAGGGAUCUGCAGCACUUGGUGGUGUGGACUUCUGAGUUCGACCCGCUGGCCAACAACCCCGGCUGGAAGAGGAACGGGGCAGGCCUGAUGGUCAACAGUCGUUUUGGAUUCGGCCUGCUCAACGCUAAGGCCCUGGUGGACCUGGCCGACCCGGCCACCUGGAAGCACGUCCCCGAGAAGAAGCAGUGUAUCAUCAGGGACGACUCCUUCCAGCCCAGAGCAUUGAAAGCAGCAGGGGAGAUCACCAUUGAGAUCCCCACCAAGGCCUGCGCCGGCCAGGACAACGCUGUCCUCUCACUGGAGCACGUGCAAGUGGAGGCCAGCAUCGAGUACACCAGGAGAGGAGACCUACACAUCACACUCACUUCCCCAUCAGGCACCAGCACAGUCCUGCUGGCGGAGAGAGAGAGGGACACGUCAUCUAACGGCUUCAGGAACUGGGACUUCAUGUCAGUUCACACAUGGGGAGAGGACCCCACUGGCACCUGGACCCUUAAGAUCACUGACACAUCGGGGCGAAUGGAGAACGAAGGUCAGAUCCUGAGCUGGAAGCUGAUUCUCCAUGGCACGUCAGAAAAGCCUGAGCUCAUGAAGAAACCCAGAGUGUACGUCCCCUACAAUGCUGUCCAGAAUGACCGUAGAGGAGUGGAGCACAUGGAUGAUAUGAUAGAGGAGCUGCCCACCCAGGCUGAGGUUCACCCACCACAGAAGACCCAGCCCCCUCCUCCUGCCACCCCUGAGAGGAAGCAGACAAGACCCUCCUCCUUGCCCCUCUCCCCCUCCCUGGCCCUUCUGCGUCUCCUCCAGACGGCCUUCAACAGACAUACCCCAGCCGCCCUGCCCCAGUCCCCAGCCAAGACCUCCUCUAGCUGGGGAGAGCAGCACCAGGGCAGGGCCCCCUCCCUUCCAGGGGGAGCAGGCCCUCACAUCGCUCCACAGAAGCUGUACCAGGCCCUUGACAGGAUCAACCAGUACCAGCGGGGCGGGCAGGACAACAGCCUCUAUAGCGACUUCAGUGACGGCUUUUACAGUGCCAAGCCCUACAGGCACAGAGACGACCGGCUGCUGCAGGCGCUCUUCGACAUGCUGUCUGACGACAGGCAGUGAGGGGGAGAAGGGGGGAGGAUAUGGGAGGAGAGGGGGUAAGGCAAGGGUGGAACUCCAGUCCUGCAGGGCUACAAUGUGUGCAGGCUUUUGUUCUAGCCCAACGGAUCUGGCCCUGAAUCCUAACUCAACUCAAGUUAGGAUUCAUGGCCAAUUGAACACACCCAAUUUAACUAUUCAUGGUCUACAUUGAAGACCUCCUUCGUUGACUACCGGUAGGUGAAUUAGGAGUGUAAGUGCUGGGCUAGAGCCUGGGUCAAAUUUGGCCACCCCUGGGGUAAGGGGUGAGAGAGAAAGGGUGAGGAGGCAGGGGCUGGGCAUGGAAGGAGCAAGAGAGAGAAGGGGAGCCUGAAAGCCAGAUAGAAACUCUUCCAGCCAAUUGUGAUGUUGUUUUUCAGAAACACUACUUUUCUUUCCUUGCAGCAUUCUAGCCUGUCUUUCUGUCUUUUUGUCUUUCAUUCUGCACAGUUGUAGGUCGGUUGCAUCUCAAUAUCCACAAGUGGCUUCCUUUCCUCCUCCUCCUUCCUUUCUUUCUCCUCCCCCCUCCUCCUGAUGUAUUGAAGUCUAGCUAACCCAUAGACCUACGCCAUAUUGCUUCAGUCUUUUCCGAUCAAUAUACAUAAAGGAAAGGAGACAAGGAAAGGGAACCCCUCUAGCGUAUUUAAAUGAAUCUGGGAUUGCAUUCCACCCCUCCUCCAGCCACCUAUCCACCUCAGAAUGGGUCCCAAUAGUCUUAAAGGGACAGUUCACAUCAAAGUCAAAGUUCAUCCGAUGUUUUCAGCCCUCAAAAGUGGUCUGAUGUUGGGAUGAGUCCAUGCCCCACGACAUCUGUUUUGUAGAUCCAGCUGUAUCCCUCAACUCCAAAUGAAUUAAAAAACACAGCCACUGCGCUGCUAAAUGCAUAUAGGGGAAAUGCUGCUCUAUUUACCACCUUUACCUGUCAGUGGUAUUGAAAGUAAGGAGACAAGAGAAGGAGAAAGAGAUGAGGAAAGGAUGUUUUUAAGACUUUUGGGACCCAGCCCUAUUCUCUCUUCACUGCACUACCUGCUUGAGCAUGCUAUGUACAGUACCUGUAUUAUGACUGACACUAUAAUCUAUAUAUUAUACAAAGACAAUGAAUGUAAUGUUGUUUUUACACUGAAAAAAAAUAUAAGCGCAACAUGCAACAA